UCCCGCGCUGCGUCACCGACGUCCCGCCCACCUGGUGUGCGGCGCGCGAGCGGCCGCUGCAGCCCUGGCGGGUGGUUCUGGCCCUUGGGAGCGCGGAGGCCCGGCGCGUCGGCUAUGGCUCCCUGGGCUGUGGCCGAGCUCUGGGCGCUGAACCCGCUGCGCGCUCUGUGGCUCACGCUGACCGCCGCCUUCCUGCUGACCCUGCUGCUGCAGCUAGUGCCGCCCGGCCUGCUCCCGGGCUGCGCGCUUUUCCAGGACCUGAUCCGCUAUGGGAAAACCAAGCGUGAGGGGCCGUCGCGCCCGGCCGCCUGCCGGGUCUUUGAUGUGCCCAAGAGGUACUUUUCUCACUUCUACAUCAUCUCAGUGCUGUGGAACGGCUUCCUGCUUUGGCACCUUACUCAGUCUCUGUUCCUGGGAGUGCCUUUUCCAAACUGGCUUCACGGUCUGCUCAGAAUUCUCGGGGCUGCCCAGUUCCAAGGGGGUGAGCUGGCACUGUCCGCAUUCUUAGUGUUAGUAUUUCUGUGGCUACACAGCUUACGAAGGCUCUUCGAAUGCUUCUAUGUCAGUGUCUUCUCCAAUGCCGUGAUUCACGUCGUGCAGUACUGUUUUGGACUCGUCUACUAUGUCCUCACCGGCCUGACUGUGCUCAGCCAAGUGCCAAUGGACGGCAGGAAUGUCUAUGUGAUAGGGAAAAAUCUCUUGAUGCAAGCUCGGUGGUUCCAUAUCCUCGGAAUGCUGAUGUUUAUCUGGUCGUCUGUCCAUCAGUACAAGUGCCAUGUCAUUCUCGGCAAUCUCAGGAAAAAUAAAGCAGGGGUGGUCAUUCACUGUAACCACCGAAUCCCUUUUGGAGACUGGUUUGAAUAUGUUUCUUCCCCGAACUACUUAGCAGAGCUGAUGAUCUACAUUUCCAUGGCUGUCACCUUUGGGCUCCACAACUUAACUUGGUGGCUAGUGGUGACAUAUGUUUUCUUCAGCCAGGCGCUGUCUGCUUUCCUCAGCCACAAAUUCUACAAAAGCAAAUUUGUCUCCUAUCCAAAGCAUAGGAAAGCUUUCCUGCCAUUCCUGUUUUAAGGUAACCUCAGUCAUGAAGCAUGCAAACCAGGUGACAGGUGCGAUUCCUCAGGACAACAAAGUCUAGGGACCAAAGCACAGUUUCUGCAGAACUGUUUGUAACUCUGCAUUCCGUUUUUACACCCAAAAGUCUUCACCAAAUGAGCAAACCAAGACCCCGCGAGAAAAUGAAUCUUCAAAGAGGAAAUCCUUCUGGCAGGCCUGGGAGUGCUGUGUCUGCCUUCUGAGAUGCUUUAUAAAACCAACCAACUGCUAACAAGUAGAGGAGACUUCUCCAAGCUGCCUCACAAGCAAACUAACCAAGAAUAUGCCAACGGCUUCACACAUGCACCUACGUCCCCAGAGGAAGAGAUGAGACCAUCCGUGGCUUUUUGUUGGGGACAGAUGAGCUGGACUACGUAAGAAGCAGUAUAGCAGUGCGCAGUAACUAUUGCAUUUCAGUAAAAGCAGAAGAGCUUUUGGAAAUCACAAUAUAUAAUUUCACAGCAACAGAUUUAGGGGAAAAUGAGUUUGUUGGAGAUAGUGUAUACCUUCACAUACAGCCAUGAAGAUUUUCAGUUACGUAACCAGCAACAGUGGUUUCCACUCCUCUCCCCUUCAAAUCAUAGGAAACCACUCUUGUUUAAUACUUCUUUUGACAUGCCUUUCAAGGAAGUACCUUAAAAAUGAAAGCAUCUGAAAAUAAAAUAUUUUUAUAUUUA